AGGCGGCGUGAGGAGGGAGAAGAAACAGUUGGAAGUGGGCGUGGCUCCAACUGGCAGCAAGGAUCAUCAAACAGGAGCUGCAGGUUUUGCUCAGUCAGUGUUAGCAGAGGAUCCAGAGUGAAUCCCCCAAAACGUUUGCACACUCUGGAUCCACUUCAUGACAGGAACAUGCACGAAGCCAGGAAUGCUCUGAAGGAGGCCUUAACCUGCUACGCCUCGGCCACCCUGUGUGACAUGUCGACGGUGAGUCACUUCUGCAAAGGUAUGUCCGAGUGGCGGCUGCAACGCGACAACGAAAUCAACACCAUCAAAGACAUCAUCAUCCGAGCAGAACUGAAGCUGGGCAGGAACAUCCUGAUGUACGUGAAGAACAAGAUGGCUGCGGAGAACAGGCAAACUGCGCUAGAGGCGGGACUAGCAGCAGUACUAAAGGACAUCUUGCUCGGCUUAGAAGAACUGGAAGUCUUCGUGAUGGCGCUGGAGAGGCUAGCCACCACUUCAUUGCUCGUUUUCCGGGACGAGGUGGUGAAACUUCCACAGGGGCUUGGCUGCUGGGAUGUGGCAGUCGCCGUGGCCUCGGCACGUCGGGCUUGCCCCCUUGCCGCUGAGUUGAAGCAAGACGCCAAAGUCGUCUUCUUGCCCAGGCUGGACAACGCAGCCGUGCUGGCACACCUUCUCGACAAACAUGUGCAGACCGCACAGCAAAUGUGCCUCCUGAUGGACAAAAGCAAGGUCAACGUGGUCCCCAAAACUGGGUUGGACGUGCGAGUAGAGCUCCCUAUGGAUUUAUCUUCAGAGGACACACAGAGGAUGUUUGGCCACAUUCAAAAGUGUGACCAGAUCAGGAAUGAUGCAGACUUCCGGCUGGUGUUCCUGCUACAGGAGGACGUGUGUCACCGCUUCCUGGCUGUGUUCAGCCAGCGUCGGCCCAGGAUGCUCGAGCUCCUGGACCAGUUGGACCAGAACAUCGAGGAGCUAGUCUGGAAGAACAAAGCGGUGAAGAUUUCCAGUGUGGCGAGUAGCUCAGUGGGUGUGGUGAGCGGUGCGCUGUCAAUUGCUGGGCUGGCGCUCAUACCCCUCACAGCUGGAACCUCGCUGUCUCUUAGUAUGACCGGACUGGGUCUCGGUCUCGCCAGCUGGGCUAAUUGUGCCAUCACCUCCAUCGUGGACUACAAACUGGAGCAGAAGUCAAUGAAGAAGAUCAGUGAGGUGACUGAGAACUUCAUCGAGGACGCACAGUGUCUGGACGAUAUCGCCAGCGAGACUCGGCAACUGGACGCCGCUGUCAGUGAAGUUCUCUGCGAGUUGCCGGAGGUUAGCAAAGUCGGAUCGGCCGCAGACGCCAACUCUACCGUGAAGACUACGAAACGCAGCAAGGAGGUGGCCACCAGGGUGGGCAAGGUGGUGGCAGUAGGUGGGAAAGCGCUUCGGAACGUCCACAGGGCCGUGGCCGACGUCCGCAACAUGGGCAACACGGCCCUCAAGGGAUCUGUGGCUGUGUCCCGCACGGCCAGAGCCGGACUCAUUCCGUUGAAUGGAAUUUUUAUCGGCAUUGAUAUAAUCAUCAUCUGCACGAACAGUGUCGCUCUGUCCAAAGGGUGUGAAACCAAAGUGUCACGCUUCCUCAGAGCCAGGAGUGCUCUGUGGCGGGCAGAGAUGGAAUGUUGGCAGAGGAUGCAUGACUCGUUGACGCGGGGACUGGCAACCUUUGAGGGAAACUGGGCCGUCCUCGAGGUGCCGUUUUACCGUGACGACAAACAGAACGAAAAGCAACGUUGCAUCACUCAGUAGCACCUAGAAAACGCGAUCAAUUUCCCAUAGCUGAGCUAAACACACCUAGAUGAGGUGUUUAGCAGACUAUUGAAGCUAAUGUAGUAUGGAUACAUUCUGUAAGUGCUACACAGUUCGUCUACGAAUAAACUGUUCAACCUGGUAGAAGUCUGAGGGAUUUUUAAAAAUGUCAUUUCUGACAGAAUUAGCGUGGGAAGUCAACAUUGAAAUAGAAAGGGGACGGUGUUCCUUCACAAACCGGGCUGUCAUCGAGACGCCGUUUUAGAAUGACGACAAAAAAGCAAUGCUUCAGUAGUACCCAGAAAGCGUUCAAGCCAACCACAUUGGGUUGAAUGAAAUCAGACAUAACUUGUCAAAGCCAAGCUAAGACACCUGAACGUGCUGCAUAGCCUAUUAGCAUAGAAAAUCGGAUAUGCAUGUGCUCCACAGUGCCUCCACCAAGAAGUUGGGUAAACCAAGAAGACCGAAGUCAGUCUUUGUCUCAAAUCACAUGGCAUGAAUGUCUCCGCAAACCCAAACACACAGUCACGAAGACUGAUUUUAAGCCCUUGUAUGGCUUUAAAAAAAAAGUUCAUGAUGACUACAGACUACUGGAACCGAUUAUUACUAUUAUUUUCAAGGGGGAAAGCUGAUACUGUACUAACAAAUCAAUUGUUUCUUGUGAGAGGCUAAAAAUGAGCAAAGCUAACUUUUUCAGCAACCAGUUCAGGGUGUCCCCCGCCAACUGCCCAACGACG